AUGGACAAGGUCGACAUCAAACCCGAGUUUGCUGUCGAUGCCACCACCGACCACAGCAAGUCGGGUGGCAGUACGUCUUCCAAGGUGCCGGACGACCACGACGACGACGCCUCCAUCGUGGUCGACCCCGUCCUCGAAAGGCGCGUUCUGAGAAAAUUCGACCUGCUUGUUUGCCCUCAGCUGGGUCUGCUCUUGCUGCUCUGCCAGCUCGAUCGCUCCAACAUUGGAAAUGCGGUGGUCUUUGGCCUCGUCGACUCACUCGGCCUCGUGGGGAUCGAGUUCAACAAUCUGUCCAUGCUCUUCUACGUCCUGUACAUCGUGUUCGAAAUCCCCUGGGUCAUGGCGGUCAAGAGAUUCGGACCGAACAAGGUUCUCGCCAUCGCGCUGGUGAGCUGGAGCGCCGUCACCAUCGGCACGGGCUUCAUCCACAACUACCACCAAGCCAUCGCAUGCCGUCUCCUCCUCGGUCUCACCGAAGCAGGCACCGUCCCCGCCUUGACCUUCAUCGUCUCGACCAUCUACAACCGACAGGAUCAAGCCAAGCGGAUCGCCACUCUCUACAUCGCCUCGGCUGCCUCGGGGGCCUUUGGAGGCUUGAUCGCCUACGGCAUCCAGUCAAUGGGGGCGCGCCAUGGCCUCGAAGCCUGGAGAUGGCUGUUCAUUGUCGAAGGCAUCAUCUCCAUCGUCCUCGGUGGCAUCUGCUGGCUGUCGUUGCCGUCCAGUCCUGAACGGGCCUGGUUCCUGAACCAAGAGGAGAGGGAGAUGAUGGCGGCUCGCAAACGCCGAAACUUGCUGUACAAGGGCUCCGAUGAGUUUUCGUGGUCUUGGGUGCGUAUGGCUUUCAAAGACCCGUUUGUGUAUGGGGCGGCUGCCGCCAUGUUCUGUUCCACCAUUCCACUGUACGGGCUCGCCACCUUCUUGCCGACAAUCAUUCGUGGCCUUGGAUAUUCGUCGCUCCAAGCCAACUAUUUCACCAUUCCGGUAUACGUGUUUGUGACGAUUGUGGUCAUCAUCGUCUCCUACCUGUCGGACAGAUUCCAGCAGCGGAGCUUCUUCGCCAUCGGCGCCGCCUGGGCGUGCGUCGUUGGCUACGCCAUCGCCAUCGGCUCCUCCAAGCCCGGGGUGGGCUACUUUGCCAUGUUUCUCGUCGUGGCCGGCGUGUAUCCUUUCAACAACAUGGUCAUUACCUGGGUCUCGAACAACAUCUCGCCAGAGCACAAGCGUUCCGUCGCCAUCCCUCUCUUCUUCUCCCUCGCCAACAGUGCCGGUCUGGUUGCGUCACAGAUCUAUCCCUCCCGUGACGGGCCGCGGUACGUCAUGGGCAACAGCGUGUCCCUGGGCGUCGAGGCCUUUGCCAGUCUCAUCGUCAUCGCCAUGUAUCUUCUGGUCCGACGCCGGAACCAACAAAAGGAAAAGCUGGUCGCUCAGGGCGCAACGGAGAACGGCAAGUUAGGAGAUCAAGCGCUGGACUUCAAAUAUGCUUACUGA